AUGACACAUUUAAAAGGACAAUCUGGAUUAAUUUGUGCCUCAUUUGAAUGGGGGAGCUGGUGGCAAACAAUUCAAGAAGUUUUUAUCGAAAUCCCAUUCCGACAAAUCGUAAACGUGAAGCAAAUCGUAUGUAAAAUUACCAAUAGUACAAUCACUUGUGGUUUUGUUGGUCAGCAGCCAUUGUUAUCAGGUAACUUAUUUAGCCUUAUAAAGGCAAGUGAAUCCACCUGGAGCCUUCAUGAAAAAAAGCACAUGGUUAUGUGUCUGAUCAAAGCUAGUCCAGGUACCUGUUGGCAUUCUUUAAUGACCGAUAACUGGAAGGCGGAUCCACUAGUUUUUGACGAAAUGGAACGAAACCUUACCAUUCAGCGACUACAAAUAGAAAACCCUGGUAUGGACUUUAGCUCAGCCGACAUAUCUGGAAACUAUCGUAACGGUGGACCAAAAUUUCCUGCAUGA